AUGUGUGUUAUUUUACGAACCAUUUUGAAAACCAACUCGAAUGCCACAAUGCUGCAGGCCACCUGCCGUCCCGUCUGGCUUGAUGGUCAGGAACGACUUCAGGGUCUUCCAGGAGAGGAGCGACCCAGGCUGGAAUGGUUCUACUACCGGCCACAGAUUGCCGGAGAUGUGCCCAUUCCCAGUGAGGUGGUUCUGGCCAGCCCGCCUCAAUUAGAAAUGCUCACAGUAACACCGCAACGCGACAAUGUCAUUCGCCUCGAGACAGCAGCCUAUCAAUUCCCUGAUGUCGAGGCCGUCUUCUACUGUCGCGCCUCCUAUGAAGGCCUUAAAGUAGCGGAACAUACUGUUUACAUUCACCGGACAACGGAUCGAUAUCGAGUACAAAUUUACGAUGAAAAAUUGAGAAGAAAAAGCUAUGAAUUCGUGGGAUCUAACACACAACUUACCUGCUUGGUGGAUGAUCGUCAGACUGGGGAACGUACAGAGCCGAUGGCAUAUUUCUGGCGUAUCCGGUAUCCAGACGGCGUUUUGUCCAAUAUUCACAGACCUGGCGAGCUGGCCACUUCGAUUUCAGGCAUUGAUAGUCGCCAACUCAGCCUUGUUGGUCUGACGACCUCACCGGAGGCAGGAUUUGCUGAGGAAGAGGUGUAUGGUUUGAUCUGCACAGCCCAACACAAUGCCACCUACGAGACGCAAUCCAACGAGUUUCGCAUUCAUAUCCGCAAAAAACCCGUACUGACGAAAAUCUCCUUCGAAAGACUUCUACCCAACCUAGAGACGUUAGAGGAUGAGAAGGAUACCUACUCCAACAAAAUCGAUUACAAGGUGGCCUGCAAUGCCGAAAUUUCUGGACCUAUCCCGGCGAUAAGUUGGCAGAAGUGCAAGGACUCGGAAUGUUCGUCUGCCGUUGAUAUUUUACCGCGAAGCAACAGUCUCGAGUUCUAUGUCAACGCCACAGAUUACCAGGAUGAAGGGAUGUUCCGUUGUGUUGUGCUGCAAUUUCUUCCCAACUACAACUACGAACUGAAUAAGACGAAAAUAUUUGAGCUCAAACGCCAAGGUGAGCUUUGCCAGUGA